AUGCCAAAGAAGCAUCAUCAGUCCUUCAGCAAACCAGCCAGCAGCUACGUCCAUCCAUCACUAGGCGGCUCAAAGCCGCAGGCGCAGGCAACCUCGCCCUCCACCCGUACCGUCAACGAGCGGCUCAGUCAGCUCCGACACGAGGAGAAUGCCAAAAACGGUCCUGAAAAGGUCCGAGACUCGAUACUGGACCAGUUGUCGCAACGCUCAGUGCCCCCACAUCUCCGUCAUAUACUCAACCUGCCUGAGCCUGCGCCGCUGCAACCAAAACCAGGCGCCAGAAUACGCAGACGAGGGCCACCAGGACCGGCACCGCCGAGGAGCUGGUUGGAAUCGAGUGUACACGCACCGGCACAUACACGGCCGCAAGCAGAGAAGCGGAGGGCCACGCCUGCUGGGCCGCUGCAAGGCACGAGAUGGCGACCGCGAGGGUUCAGCGCUCUUUGUGCGCUUGACAAUGGCUCGCAGAGGUUACCGAGGCCACAAAGUCUCAUGCACCAGACGUUGAAGACUAUAGCUAGGAAUUGGGAGUUCCUUGUGGAGUAUGAGCAGCAUUAUCUGGCAACUCUGCCCAUUUCAUUGAAGAGCUCGCUGCUGAGCUAUCUAUCGGUAUACGGUCCAGAAGAGGGAAUCAACAUUAGCUCGCUUAAGUUGCUCUUCCUUACCGAGCUAGAACUCGUAGGAGCGACAGGUGGUACGGAGCUCAUAUCCAUGGAUCUUUCGGGAUUGAUUGGACCCAAGCUGGGCCUCCAUGAGCUCCUAAAGUACUUCAAAAGUCCAGCGACAGAAGGCACUGCGCACCAAGUGGAGAGAGGACCGCUGCAGAAUUCAAUAACCACUAACGGACCAAGUCAUGGCACGGAGCAGAUGAGGUCUGCCACCAAUGUCGUCGAUUCUUGGGAGGAAGAACUCGAAGCAGAGACCCAAGCAGUGACUGUACCAAGAGCGCUUCACACAACUCGCUUUCCAAACCUGACACACCUCUCACUAUCGCACCCUACAUCAGCCUCAUGGAACCAUCUUCUUAGUCUAUCAGCUCACCUUGGGCCCUUGACGCACCUGUCGCUCGCGUACUGGCCGACACCUUCCCGCACACCCAACUCCCUCACCACCUCCCUAGUAAGCAAACACCGCAACCCCGUAAGCAUGGGAGCUACCUCGUUCUACUCCGCCCUGGACAACGACUGGGCCGAAGCCGCACACAUCCUGCGAUGUCUGUCCAGCAACACCUACUGUCUGCAGUGGCUCGACCUCGAAGGCUGCGAAUGGCUUCCAGCACUAAGCUGGGCCUCGUGCACCGGACACCGGUCAAGUACAAAUGUUUCAAAAGCAAGCGGGAGAGAGGACUCAUGGAGCGCCUCCGACGCACCACUCGGCAUCGACUGGAACGGCAGCUGGCGCGACCUGACCUUCGUGAACGUCAGCCAAGGCUGGACCCCGCGCAAUGUUCGUGCGAUACGUAGUCUGCCGUCCGGCCUCAUUGGGUGCGACCUGCUGAGCUGGCUGCGCGAACACGACGCCGAGUAUGGCGAGGAUGGUCUGUGUGAUGAGGAAGCAACUGUUGCGGAGGUCAACGGGUGGCUGGAGAGGGAGAAGGAGGCGAGAGCUGUAGCGGGUAGGGUUAAGGCGGUUAGGAGAGCGAGGGGGCUGUUUUGUCACUUUGACCAUGGGUGGGUUCCGCCGGUUAAGGGGAAGAAGGCCCUGGAGCCGGAGGAGGGAGUAGUCUUAUAUAGGAUUCAGUAG